AUGCCGCCUGCAAGACGCGGCUCGCGCCCUCAGAAGGAGUUCGCCAUCUCCCUCUCGUCAGAUGACGAAGACGACGCCAUUCUGAGAAGAAGCUCGUCCCGAUCAGCAAAGGGCAAGGAGUCGACAGUGGACAAGCGAGGCCUUUACACCAAUGUCUCCAGCUCUCAGCCAUCCAGCACCAAGGCGAGGUCAACGCGAGAAUCACCCAGGCCAGCCUCUCAGCGGUCAUUCGCAAGGACCGCGUCAGCACCCAGUCCAGGGCCGUCACGGGCAAGCAGCUCGACUGCGCGACUUGACAAGCCUCGUGGGUGGACUCCGACUUCGCGACGCACUCAGACCAGACCGACCGAACGACGCAGAAAACGGCAGAGCUCCUUCGUCGAAGAGGACGACGACGACGAUCUCAUGAACGACCAGGAUGAUCGCGACAAUGCGAUUGAGGACAGCGAUGACGAAGUGGAUAUCGACGACAUCAUCGCCGAAAUGAACGGCGGAGGGUUCAGCCAGUCGAGUUCGCAAAAGAGGCCGACUCCCAAGAAGACCACCAGCGAAGCUGCGCGCUCCCGCACCAGAGCAAGCUCGAGCCGCCCGCGAUCCGUGGCAUUCGCCGACGCACCCAUCCGACGACGCCCGCCACCUCGCGAGCGCUUCGCUCUCCUCGUCAAUGAGUCGGAUGUCGCUUCCGAUGACCACGAAGAGGAUGUCUCCGAUGAAGGCAGUGAUGAUCUGCGCCAGGAGCUCGAGGAUCUCAAUAGUGACUCGGAAGAGGAGGAGCCCGAGACGCUGCGCAGGUCCUCGCGUCACAGUAGCGCCAAUGCGAAAAGCGCCCGCUCUAGCGGGCGUUCGGACGCGAGAGGCACUCGAUCAUCCCGGAACCGGCGAAUCGAGCUUCUUGAUGAUGAUGACAGCGAAGGGGACGACUUCACGGAGAUCUCUAGACCAAGCAAGAGUCGAGGCCGUGAAGCCGGCAAGAAGACUCGGCGUCAGCCUCGUCGCCAAGCAACAGAGUCCGAGAAUGAGGAUGACGACGACGACGAUGUCGUUGUCUCUGAAGUCGAAGAGGAGCCAACAGAGGAAGAGGAGGACGACGAGCUGGAGGAUUCGGACGGCGAGUACGGACGCACCUCAAAGCGUAAGAGGUCUUCGACCUCCAAGCCUGCAUCCAAGCGUCAACGUCUCAGCAAAGACAGCUCGAAGGGCACUCCGCAACGCGAGCAGUCUCGCACGAGACCUCCCAACGAUCUUAACGAAUACAUCUUCAUUGACGGCAUCGAACCGAUCUACCGCCCAUCCGACGGCAGCGAUGGAGAGCAGGUGGACGGCGAGCAAGUGCAGGCGGUUUCCGACGACGGCUCCGACUCCGAGGAAGUGGAGCUCUACGAGACACCGGAAGCGAAUGUCGACAGGCACUGGUCUACGUGCAAGCGAUGCACAGGGGGGCCGGCCUUGCCUCUGUACAACAAGGCGCUCACACAGCUGAAACGCAUGCGAAAGCGGGAAGAGAACAAGCGACGCGACCAGUCGCCCGAACGCAUCGACUCGCGCGGCCGUCAGCGCAAGUCGCUCGUCGAGGACACCUCCGGCAGGGUCACCGCCGUGCAAGCCGCCGAGGAAUGGCUCGAGGUGCUCGAAGAUCGCGCCGGCUGGUUCGAAUGCAAGACUUGUUCUGUCUCUUGGCACUGGGGCUGCCUUCCAGCAGAUACGCAAAAGGCGAUCCUUGUCGGAAUCAACCGGGAGAGGUACGCACGCCACCAGACGGUCUUUGGCAAGGAUGCGCCUGCACCUUCUCCCGUUCGUUGGAUCGACGUUGACGAGUUUGUCGACACGAACUCGUGCCCCGACUGCGCGGGCUAUGCCUCGUACUGCACCAUUUGCAAGGCCAACGUCCAUGGCGAUCGCACCGUCGAGGAGCAACUCGGCUUCACCCAUGCCAUGCUGGCUCAGUAUCCAGAGCCACCCGCCGAGCUAACAGCUUCGCGAAUGUUCCGCUGCCACCGAUGCUCCCGCGCCACGCACUACGAAUGUCUCGCUCGUGCCCAAGCGGAGGACAACCCAUCCGUCGAGAAGGUCGCCCAGUCGAUCCAGGAAGCAGGGUGGCUCUGCUCGGAUUGCCAUCGCUGCCCUCCAGCAGAGAAGAUCAUCGCCUGGCGCCAGUUGGAUCGCCAGCUUUGGAGCGACGAGGAGGCCCAGAAGGCUGAUUAUGCCAUCCUGUCUGUGCGAGAAAAUCUGCCGCGAGAGUACCUCGUCAAGUUCAAGGGCAAGUCCUUCCGCGAUACCGAAUGGGUCCCGCACGAUUGGCUCCGUAUCCUACACCAGCCGUUGCUCGCCAACUUCCUGGCGAAAGGAAGUCGCCUGGAGCUCGAGCCAGCUGAGCUGAUCGAGUCAGCCUCGGCGAUCAACACAGCACGCAAGAACCGUGCAUCGCUCGCACUCGGAGGUAGCGGCAGGGCACUGCCACCCUCAUCCAUGCAGACCCGAUCCGUCAAAAAGACACUCAAGGUCGACGAGGACGGCGAAGUCGACAUUGGCCCGCCUGGUCCUAUUCCUGACGCUCAGCGCCGCAUUCCUAAACCGUGGAGGACACCAGAUCGCAUCUUGGCGGUCAAGUUCUACGUCUCGGUCAACGAGGAUGAUGACAAUAUGGACGAGUUGGGCGGCAACAUCAUUGAAAUGGACGCGGUUUCCCUCGAAAAGCUGGAGCCGUCGGACCAUGUUCGCAGCUGGGCACACACGGCAAAGCUGCUUGUCAAGUGGCAAGAUCAGCCGUACGAAGGCUCCACGUGGGAAGAUCCCCCGACACGACGCAAGCAAGGCGACAUCUUUUACGAAUGUCAGGAAGCCUAUCGCUCGUUCCUGUUGGCGCAGAAGGUCACCUUCCCGGCCUUGACCGCCGACGAGAAGCAAACCAAGCGCGAGCGCCGCCUCGCCAAGUCCGGCUCCCGCUUCCGAGCACUGGAUGAUCAGCCGCACUGCAUCGAGGGCGGCGACCUGAUCGAUUUCCAGCUCGAAGGUGUCAACUGGCUUCGUUACGGCUGGUAUCACGAGAAGCCUGGUAUCCUUGCUGACGAGAUGGGUCUGGGAAAGACGGUCCAGAUCAUCACCUUUUUGGCUUCGAUCUGGAAGGAGAGCAAAGCUGGUCCUUUCCUGGUGGUGGUGCCCAACGCGACGCUUCCCAAUUGGCUGCGCGAGUUCGAAAAGUGGAUGCCACAGUUCCGCGUCGUGCCGUACUGGGGCGAGGGUGCAGCGCGAGACAUGAUCUCCAAGUACGAGAUCUUCCAUUCCAAGAAGACGCUCGAGAAGAUGGGCGGGUCCAUCCGACCCAUCAAAUUCCACGUUGUGGUCGCCUCCGACACCACGGUGCGUAUCGACUCGUUGCCGCUGAGAAAGGUGGAGCGCUGGGACGUCAUCAUUGUCGACGAGGGCCAGAACCUCAAGUCCGGCAAGUCCCUGCUGCUGAAAAACCUCAACGAUCUGAAAGCCGAACAUCGCAUCAUCAUGACCGGCACUCCGCUCAACAACAACGUCACGGAGCUCUUCAAUCUGCUCAACUGGCUUGAGCCCGGAGGACAGUGGAAGGAUGUCAAGGCGCUUGAAGCCGAGUACAGCGUGCUGAAGCCAGAGGUCAUUGAAGAGCUGCAGAAGCGCUUGAAGCCCUACUUCCUCCGGCGACUCAAGAAGGAAGUGCUGGACUUGCCACCCAAGAUUGAGCUCAUCGUCCCAACGUCGCUGCGUCCCAUUCAGAAGAGAAUCUAUCGCUCCAUCCUCGAGUCGAACAUCGAGGACAUCCAGGCUCUCGCUGCGUCUCGGGCAACAGGUAUGAAGAAGGGCAAAAAGUCGACCAUCGCCAACCUCAACAACACGCUCAUGCAGCUGCGCAAGUGUAUUCAACAUCCGUAUCUCAUUGCGCCCGACCUCGAGACGCGCGAAGGCGAGGACAACUACGAGGCGACCUGGGAACAUCAACGUUUGAUUGACGCCAGCGCCAAGCUCUCGAUCCUGCAGCGUCUGCUCCCCAAGCUGAAAGCGGAUGGCCACCGAGUCCUGCUCUUUUCGCAAUUCGUGAUUGCUCUCGACAUUGUCGAGGUCUUUUUGCGAGGCGAAGGGUACAAGUUCCUACGACUGGACGGCAACAUCGGUCAGAAGCAGCGCCAGAAGGACAUCGACGCAUUCAAUGCACCCGACUCGCCGUACUUCAUCUACAUGAUCAGCACACGUGCUGGAGGUGUCGGCAUCAACCUCGCCACCGCCGACACGGUGAUCAUCAUGGACCCUGACUGGAAUCCGCACGUGGAUAUGCAGGCGAUUGCGCGAGCGCACCGCAUCGGUCAGACCAAGAAGCUGCUUGUCUUCACGCUCAUGUGCAAAGCGACGGCCGAGGAAAAGAUCAUCGAGGCUGCAAAGCGCAAGAUGAUGCUGGAUCAUCUCAUCGUGCAGAACCUCGACAAGGAGGACGAGAGGCCGGACGAGCUCGAGUCGAUCCUCAAAUUUGGUGCACAAGCUCUCUUUGCUGAGGGCGGUACCGAAGAGUCGGAACGCGACGUCCGCUACACAGACGAGGACCUUGACUCGCUCCUGCGUCGUCGCGAAGAUGCUGUCGAGGAGGACGACAAGCUCAACGACGACGCUCGCGACGAGAACGGCGAGCCCAAAGGCACUUUCUCCUACGCUCGAGUGUGGGAGAUCGACCAACCAGCUGCGGAGCCUUCCGCAGUGGCGCCAACGACCGUCGUGGACGACGAUUUCUGGGCGGAUCUCUUGCACAAGCAUCGCGACGAGGCGGCCAAGCGAGCGGAAGAGGCGCGCGAGAGGGAGGCGCAGGAGAAACGCGCGACGCGACGAGAUCGCAUCAAAGCGAUGCUCCAAGACGACGAGGCUGCCGAAGCCCCCGCUACGCCAGCCAAGAGGGGCCCUGGUCGACCCAAGAAGGUGGUCAAGCCGCCUGUCGACGAAGAUUUCAAGGUGGUGGACGAGAGCGACAGCGACGAGCAUGAAUUGAUCGAUGCCGUGCAGGAAGAGGACGAGCUGCUACCUGCGGUGCAAGCCCUGCGACAGCGACAGCUCAAGUCAUCCAAUGCCGCCAUUGCCACUGCAGCUGCAGCUGCGGCGGCUGCGACUGCGGCUGCUGUUGUCGCUGCUGUCAAAGUCGCUCCUACCUCGUCGGCCGCAUCGGCUUCUGUCCCCUCAAACGGUACCUCUCUCUCCGCAUCAUCAGGUGGUGCGGCUGGAACCUCGACGCCCGCUGCUGCUACUGCUGCUGCUACGGCGCCUCCAACGCCAGUCAAAAGGCCAGUCGGAAGGCCGCGUAAGGACGCCCCUGCCUCUGCUCCGACGACGACUGCGAAGGCCAAGGCCCAGCCAUUCAGCCUUACGCGCCUUCAACGCGACCUCAUCGCAGAGCAUCGCUUGCCGCGUCCAGCGCCGCUCGGCGACCUCGACCUCUCUCAGCCGAUCGCCACCGUGCGACCAGGUCAUCUGGCCGCAAUGCGCAAAGUGAUCCUCUCGCUGCUGCCUGACAGCGACUUUGCGACCGAAGUCGCCGAACGAGCGCUUAGCAACGCGAUCCCCGAUCUGGCUCCGCUGCAUCAGCGCUUUCAGCUCACCAAUACGCACAUCGAUUACUACAAGCAGACAUUCAACGUGCCCCGGGACCUGUUCGAGGCGACCUUCAGCAUCAUUGCAGAAGAGAGCAUUCCGCCGCAGAUCCUUGCGCUGGCUUACGGUGGUGCCAUCGCUCUGGAUUGGAGGAAGAUUCGGGAGCUUCUCGUGCGAGCAGCCACAUACAUGGUGUUGACACUUCGAGCCUCGAAGGACGAGGCACCGUGGAUCGUCGCCAUCCGAACCUGGAACGUGAUUCAGGCUGGCAAGCCCGCCCCGGCGGUGAUCGAGAUCGCCGAUUCCCCGCCCGCAAAUGGGACGUCGCCCCCUGCGCCACGCCCGGCAACGGCAGCUGAUUGCGUCAAUGUGCUUAGGGAUCAAGCGCGUCGCCAGGCAUGGCUGGACGCUGUGCAACAACGAGGCGAGGUCGAAUUGACCAAGAUCGGACGGCUCGUCACAUCCAAUCCGAUGUCGACAACGGCGCCCAACAUGAUGUUGAUCGUGCAGAACUACAUGGACGGGAAGGGGCAGCAUCCUGCCUACGCGCCGGCCAAGCUGUCCAUCCGCUCGGGCAUACCGAGCCUGGUGGAAUUUGUCGAUCGUGACCUGAUGCCGCCGCCAACAGCAAAAGCAGCUUCGCCAGCCGCCUCGCAGUCGAGCACAUCCGCCUCGCAAGGUCGACCAAACCGGGUCGCGGCUGCGCUGUCGCGCCUGUCUGCGUUCUCCGGUGGCAGUCCUUUGCGAAAUGACGUCUCCAAGAAGGACCUCACCAAACUCGACGUCGCCGUCAACUACCGCAAGCCGCGCGUCAAGACGGCAUCCAGCAGCGUCGGUGGCUCCCCACGCUCCUCGGCCAGCAUGUCCCCCUCGCCGGCGCUGCACGCCACCUCCGCCUCCCAGCCCUCCCCCGGCGGCGGCGAGGACGACGAUGACGAGCCGGAGUUCGUCAUCUCGGACCAGACAUGCAUCAUCUGCGGCGGCACAUUCCACUACCUCAAUCGAUGCCCGCAGAUGCAGGACGUGACACGUGCGUCCGCAAGAUGGUUCCAGCUAUGCGACCAGCUGCGUGUGCUGACGGCCAGAGGUCUGACGGACGGCGACCCGGACGUGGCGACCAUCAAGACGACGAUCCGAGUCAUGGCGCUCAACUUCAACGGGCUGCGCGCGCAGAAUGGGCAGGGACAGCUCAAGGCGCCCUUCGUUUGA